AUGGCACCCCCACGCUCAUUACCACAAUUUCUACCCAUUCAGCCUACAAAUUCCCCAGAUUUUAACACUCAAAUGCCCAACGUCUUCGUCGUGCCUCCAGAGGAAGACCAGGCGCCGCCUUGGUGUUGCUUCGACGCUGGGCAGGUACAAGCACCCCAACCCCCCGCACAUACGUUUUCCAAGAUGCCGGACAUGGAUUCUCUGCAGUCUCGCUUGAACUUCCUUGCGACCGAGCGCGUUAUCGCCGACGGUACUCCUGUAUUCCAAAGGUCAGCCACCCAUGAAGAGGUGGUUAUGCCGAAGAAGGUUGAAACCGCCGCUCAGCGGUUCAAAAACUCGGAAAUGGAUGGCGGGAACACAGGGAACGACUCAGAGGUCGUCGAAGUCGUCAAGGUUAGUAGGAAUCGAAAAGACAAGGAUAUGGCACCGCAGGAACGAGGCGAACACCUAAGUGGUGCCAAAAACUCCAUCAAGCGCUCCAUGACCUUUAAACUCAAAGCCGCAAAGGCGUUGAACAGCAUACGGAGUCUAGGCAAGGGAGGCAGACACUCGAAGCCCAGCGCCAAGGAAAUAUUUCCCGUCCCAAGUCAUACUCAACCUUCGCGGGCAGCGUCAUUUUCAUCUUUCGGGCAAGCCCAAAACUAUGUGGAGGAAACUGAAACCCCAGCCAACGACCGUGUUGUACAAACGCCCAAGCCAGAUCGACCUACUGUAUCACGACGAGGAUCAGUGGUCCUAUCGCAAAUUUUCUCCCCCAGAGCCCACUCAUCACCCGAACUCGGGGUUCAACACUCUGAUUCGGCUACAUCGAAUUCUUCUUCUAUGGGUCAAAGUUCGACCCAGUCAACGAUAGAAACUGUCAGCUCCGCAUCCCCUUCCCUCCAACUCCAUCGCAUUUCUGCCUCCGAUGACCAGCACGCCGUUGCCCAAGGCGUGAUCGACCCAGACUCGUUGCCUACUGCAGAAAGUGACGACUAUCGGCUCGCCCCCUCAGACUCGAGAAAUACUCGUCCUACCUCCCCGAGCCUCACUAUCAACACCCUUGAUUCAAGAACUAAACGGCGUUUCUCCAUGAUGAACAUUCGGAAUAUUUUCACCUUCUCCUCUACCUCUGGGCAGUCAAAUGGUUCGGUGGCAACUUCAAAUUCUGCCGCCAGUGCCAACUUAGCACAAGGCCGCGAUAGUGAUGUCGCAUCGCUGUCAGAAUCUGAACUCGGUGUCCAGCUAGACGCGCCGCGUCUCUCGCGAACCACUGCAGUCAGCGCAUCUACUGCGUCGUCGGAAACAUCGUCGGGCGUGGAAACGCCUACGGAGGAAGUCGCCUUCCUCCCUAUGACUUGCGAUAUGCCCAGAACCAAACGUCCUUCUUUGGAUUGGAGAAUACCAGAGUUUGAGCAUGUUGGGGGCGCCAUCAGUGAUAGUCUAGCUGAUAGCCUCGGUAACCUUGGAGCCGUGUCGAACACACCCGUCGCCAAGAAAUCGAAUAUGCUUGAUGAUCGGGAUGUGAGCGUUGAAAUGCGGUUGGAUUCGCUGCAUUUUGAUUCCAUCUCGUUCGAUCCGGAGAAUUUCAAUGUGUCAGAAUUCUUGAAGUAG